AUGGAGUAUCAUGGCAGCAAGACAUGGGACCUUUUAGAAGAAGAGCAAAGAAUAAGCUCUCCAGCACGUCACUCAUGUCCAUCUUUUCACCCAUCCACUGAUCAUGAACCAAGGUUAAGUUUCUCUAGGCACUCAGUAUCAAGUCCAGGAGGAUCUCCAUGGAAAAAACUCCAUUCUAUUCCACGUUCACCUUGUCCAUCAAUCCUCUACUUGUGCUUAGCCUCACUAGAAAGUCAAGCAGGCAAUGUCUUAUCCAUUGCAAUAUCAAGAGGAAUAGUCUACACAGGUUCAGAGAGUGAACGUCUCCGUGUCUGGAAACAACCAGACUGCACUGACCAAGGUUAUAUCAAAACUGGUCAUGGUGAGAUAAGAGCUAUCUUGGCAUGUGGAAGCACAGUGUUCACCAGCCACAAAGAUCACCGGGUUCGUGUCUGGUCGGUGACCGUGACGGACCGUCUACGGGCGAAGAAAUUGGCGACGUUCCCGCAACGUCACUCAUUCUUGAGCUUGCAACGUAGACGACGUGGGAACCAGCUGCACAAGGAUUGCAUCUCAUGCAUUGCAUGCAACUACGUGGAAGGGAUUUUGUACACUGGGUCAUGGGAUGGGAUGGUGAAGGCAUGGAGAUUGGUGAAGAGGGAGUGUGUGGACUCGUUUGUGGCACAUGAAGAGAGAGUGAAUGCAAUGGCAGUGAAUCAAGAAGAUGGGUGUUUGUUUACAGGAGGGUCAGAUGGGGUGGUGAAGGUGUGGAGGAGAGUGUUUGGUGAUAGUUCACAUGCGUUGGUGGGGAUGAUGAGGUUUGAAGGGACAGUGGUGAAUGAAGUGGUGGUGAGUGAAGGGAGUAGGAGGAGGUGGUGGGUUUAUGCAGGGAGAGGAGAUGGGUGUGUGAGUGUGAUGCAAAAGGAGGAGGUGGGAGGGAGGUAUAGGAAGGGAGGGGUUUUGAAAGGGCAUAGAUAUGGGGUGUUGUGUUUAGGGGUGGUGGAGAGGUUGGUGUUUAGUGGGUCAGAGGAUACAACAAUUAGGGUUUGGAGAAGGGAUGGAGAAGGAGGGCAUGAGUGUGUUGCAGUGAUGGAAGGGCAUAGAGGGCCUGUGAGGAGUUUGGUGGCAAGGGUGGAGGUAGUGGAGGAAGUUAUAGGGGUGUUGGUUUAUAGUGCAAGUAUGGAUAGGGUAGUGAAGGUGUGGAGAGUGAAGGUGAUGGUGAGGGAGAGGGAGGAGGAGGAGGAGGAGUGUGGGGUUGGUGAGAGUCCUGUUUUAUCACCUUUGUGGGUGGAGAAGAAGUUGCAGAGAGGGGUUUCAUAUUAA